AUGAAGGAAGAGACCACGAAGCGCAAGGCUGAAGACGAGCCAUCGUCCCCGAUCGCGUCGAAACGGGUCAAGCACAAUGAGUCGGCCGAGCCAGAAAAGAAGCCGGCGAUGAAGCCCAUCCCCUUCCCUGAAAAGCCCGCUGUCAUCGAAGAGCGCACCGGCGAGAUCGAGUUCCGGGUAGUCAACAACGACAACGAGCGCGAAUCCCUCAUCAUCCUCACCGGACUCAAAUGCAUCUUUCAGAAGCAGCUCCCCAAGAUGCCAAAAGACUACAUCGCGCGACUUGUCUACGACCGGACCCACCUGUCCAUCGCGAUCGUCAAGAAGCCCCUCGAAGUCGUCGGCGGCAUCACCUACCGCCCCUUCAAGGGCCGCCAGUUCGCCGAAAUCGUCUUCUGUGCCAUCAGUUCCGAUCAGCAGGUCAAGGGAUACGGUGCGCAUCUCAUGUCCCACCUCAAAGACUACGUCAAGGCGACGAGCGAUGUGAUGCACUUCCUCACCUACGCUGAUAACUACGCCAUCGGUUAUUUCAAGAAACAGGGUUUUACCAAGGAGAUCACGCUCGAUAAGAGCGUCUGGAUGGGUUACAUCAAGGAUUACGAGGGCGGUACGAUCAUGCAGUGUUCAAUGCUACCCCGCAUCCGAUAUCUCGAAAUGGGGCGCAUGCUCUUGAAGCAGAAGGAGUGCGUCCAGGCUAAGAUUCGCGCUUACUCAAAAUCACACAUCGUCCACGCUCCCCCGAAAGAAUGGAAGUCUGGCGCGAAACCGAUUGACCCGCUCAGUAUCAACGCCAUCCGCGCAUCAGGCUGGUCCCCCGACAUGGACGAGCUUGCCCGGCAGCCCCGCCAUGGUCCCAACUAUAACCAGCUCCUCCACCUCCUCAAUGACCUGCAGAACCACCAGUCGGCCUGGCCCUUUCUCGUACCCGUCAACAAGGAUGAUGUCGCAGACUACUACGAAGUCAUUAAGGAACCUAUGGACCUCAGCACCAUGGAGACCAAGCUCGAGGCAGAUCAAUAUGCCACACCAGAGGACUUUACCCGCGAUGCCAAGCUUGUCUUCGACAACUGCCGCAAGUACAAUAAUGAGUCUACGCCGUAUGCGAAGAGCGCCAACAAGCUGGAGAAGUACAUGUGGCAACAGAUCAAGGCCAUUCCCGAGUGGUCUCACCUCGAGCCGUAG